UCAUGGUGAAAAUAAAGAAAAUUUCAGCCGUAGGACUUGCUAUAUUUGCCUGUCUUACAACAUGGUACGGUGGUGUUUUGAUAUAUGUUGCCACAGCUGUUUUGGCUGCUGGAUUAGGAUACUAUAUAAGUGUCAAGAAAGUUUCUGGACAAGUAGGAGCUGAGGGAACUUCAACUUCUGGUAUCAGAGAUGUUGAUGAAGUCGAUCUGGCGAGACCGGAAAGCUGUAGUGACAACAAAAUUAAAUUCUCACAUGAAGCUUCCUCAACAAUCAGAGAAGGUAAUGACGUGACGUCAACAGACCAGACACGUGGCGGUCAUGUGAGCAGCUCCCCAGACAAGGACGACUCUCUCAUCAGACCUUCACCAGAAGGCCUGGAGACCAUGGUAAGAAGAGCUUCAGAUUCCAGCAUGCCUGACGACACGAGUGGCAUCCAUUCUGAUGUUUCCUCCAACGGCGGCGAUGACGUGUCCUUAGAAAAUGACGGUGAAGAAUCUGUCCCAAAUCCACAAACACAACCUGUAAUCAACAGGCAAGAAAUCGAUCUUUUGCUUAUCGGGAAAACAGGACAUGGCAAAAGCGCAACUGGAAACUCAAUCGCUCGGAGAAAAGCUUUCAAUACGUCGUCUGGGGCGUCCUCGGAUACAUACGAUGUCCAGGAGCUGUGGACAGACAUAGAAGACUUUACAGUGCACGUUGUCGACGGACCAGGAGUAGGAGAAACUAGACUAGAUGAUGUUGAAGCCACAGAAAAGGCUUGUUCAGAUAUGGCUAAAGCUAUGACCAAAUGUCCAAACGGGUUCCAUGCAUUGUUGUUGGUUUUGAAAUUCGGAGGUCGUUUUACUAAAGAAGAACAAGAGUCAAUCGUAUUGCUGAAAAAGAUUUUCGGUGAAAAUAUUGUACGCGAUUACUGCAUUAUCGUCAUGACGCAUGGAGAUAGUUUUGACCUGAAUCAAGAAGAUCUGAAGGUGGAAAGUUUUUCUGAAUGGUUAAGUCAGCAGCCUGGUGCGCUUAAACACCUGUUGAUUGAGUGCAGCUACAGGUGUAUUUUGUUCAGGAACAGAACGAGGGAGGAGAAAGAAAAACGGGACCAGGUGAUAGAUCUACUGCAGAUGGUCAGAAAGUUGAAACACCGAGAUGUCCGGUACACGAACUCUCUGUUUGACGAGUUCAAGAAAGACAGAGAUAGACUCAUCGUUGAAGCUAAAGCCCCGCAAAUUAAAGUUGAAAUUAUGAAAGAAACAAACUUAAUUAUCGAAGCAAUGGGGCGUUUGAAAAUAUCCGAUGAAAGUAUGGACGAAAUUGAUCCUGAAAUUUCAUCAAUUGAUGAAAAAAUUGAAAAAAUGAUUGAUGUAAUUAAAACUGAAGAUCAAGAGACAGGGGCGCUGAAUUACUUAACUGAAGAGAUCACCAAACUCAAAUCAAAUCUUACAGAGAUAAAAGAAUUUAAACAAAGGAAGAGGGAUGAUUUGAUGAAAAGAAAACUGCUUGAUCAAGAACACCAGAUCAAGAUGGAAGAAAUGAAAAGAAAACAAGCAGAGGAGGCAAAUAUGUACUUAGAAAAACUACGAAACGCCAGUGAAGAAGAGAAAAGUGUUAUUUUGCAAAAAAUGCAAGACAAUGAAAUCGCCGCUAAGGAACGAGAGGAACGAAUCAUCAAAGAAUUUAACGAGAAAAUGCAGAAAUCUAAGGAAGAGGACGACAGGAGAUGGCAAGAAAAUAUAAAAACACUUCAGAAAACACACGAUAAACAGAUGGUCACAUUACAACAACACUACACAGACAUGGCGAGGAUGAACGAGACGGCCAUGCAGGAACAGAUCAGGGAACUGACGGAAAAACUGGAAGAAAUCCAAGAGAAUGCCCGGCCACCUAAGAAAGAUCCCAACAAGAUCGACAUCAAAUGUGUGGACCAGCAACACAAGUGUAUCAAUGUGGAGCUUGACAAGUACGAUCAGAUGGUGCUCCUGAUGCGAGCCUACUGCGACAAGUACGGCUACCAGAUGAAUACCCUCAAGUUCAUGUAUGACGGGAAUCGUGUCUUGGAGGAUGACACGCCUAGCAAGCUCGGCCUGGAGGACGGGGACGCCAUCGAUGUGUUUUCUAUGCAAGUAGGGGGCAUAACCCGAAAAAUAAGAACAAAUCAGAUGUCAUACAUUCCUUUGAUAUAAAUGUUAGUGUUAUAAUUACCAUCAUUUACACGAAAGAUCAAAACCAACUUUGCAGAUCUCAAUGACUUUACAAACAUGAAAACAUAUUAUUGAGUCUAUAUGAAAAAUGCGAUGAAUCAAAUAUUCUAAACAGUAAAAUUUGUAAAACUAAAUGCCAAACAUUAACGAUGUCUCUCCGUGGAUGUUUUAUUAUAUCAGCGAAUUGCACUAUGGAAUAUAUUUAGUAAUCUUUAGA